CUAUGAAUUAUUUCAGUGCCCUCUGUUGAUAAGUACUAUAAUUUUGGUUUGCUGUUAUCUACAUUUGGGUACUACCGUGUACUACUGCUACUAAUUCAUUAGCUUUGUUCGCGGAGACAGUCCACGACUGGCCCCCGACUGACUCGCAUGCGCAGUUCCGUUUUUAAGCGCUUGAAAACGGAACUGCGCAUGCGCAUUAGUUAGAAAUCAGCCAUGGACCGCCUCCACGAACAAAGCUAUUAAAUUUGGGGGAUUUGAGCUUCAAUUUGGGGGAAUUUUAGUUUAAAAGUGGGGGAUUUAGAAAAUCGCAUCUGGCAACUCUGCUUCAGUCAGUGAUCAGCCGUUACGGGGAGAUAUCACGUUUGUUGAGACUUGUCGAUAAGGUUGAUAGUAGAACCGAUUACGUGAUGAUGGACCGUAGGAAGUUUUAUAAAAAAGUAAUAUCCGAAUUCUCUCAGGUACGGGCUAAACGUAAAUUAUCCUUCGAAGACGAAAUAGCAUCAAACCCUACACAGGAACAACAAUCUUCGGAAUUAACUUCAUUAUUGGAUAAUAAUCAACCCUUGACAAGCAUUGAAAAUAUGGGUGAUCAUGUUUCAUCUUCUAGAAUAUUUUAUAAAAAUCAUCAGUCAAUAAGUAAAUUAGAAAUACACAAAAACACCGAUGUCCCACAAAUAGAAUGUUUGCAAAACAAUAAUACCGAUGGCCAUAAUACUGAGACUCCACCAACCUUGGAAGGAAUAGUUGACACUGUUGCAGAGUUUCAACGGACUAUUGAUAGCAAUGUAAUUGAUAGCAAUGUAAUAACGAACACAAUGGAAAAUUUAGUCGCCAAAGAUGCUGCUUCUGAUCCUAUUAAUAUUAAGCAAAAUACAAAACAAUCCAAACGACCCAGACUUAACAAAAAGACAUAUUGUGAAUUUAUCUCCGAUAAUGAAGACCCGUUUUUUACUGAUGGUUCUAGUUCGUGGAGUGAUACAGGUAACACGUCUUCAGAUACAUCUACCCAUAAUAAGAGGCCUAAGAAAAAGAUAGUCAAAAAAACACAGAAGGUAAGUAAGGAGUUAGCCAGUAAAACAGAUGAUAUUGACAUAGUUGGCGAAAAAGGUAAAAGAACAAAACGAAUAAAUUAUAGAAAGAAUAGAAAGGAUCUUAAAAAUAGAGGUCAAGAGUAUACCCGAGCAGAUGGAACAAUACGUUCUAAAAGAGAAAUUAAACCUAAUCCUUGUAUCGGGAAAAAAUGCGGCAAUGGCUGCCAGAAUGUAACCGAAGAAAGAAGAUUGUCAUUGUUUCAUCAUUUUUGGAGUUUGAGUAGUGCUAGACAACGCGAUUGGAUUGUAAAUAUGAGCCGACGAAAUUCAAUCAAGAGAAAACGUUCAAAAGAUAGUGGGAAACGUUCUUUUUCGUACGAAUAUUACAUUAAUGAUAACGAAGAUAGACGAAGAGUCUGCCAGCAGUUUCUACUUAACACCCUAGAUAUUACACAAACUUAUGUACAUUAUACACUAACAAAUUCCAUUGAGGGAUCUGCAAAAGAUGAUCUAAGAGGUAAAAUUAUACCUGCUAAUAAAACUAAGGAAACUACACGACAAAGCGUUAUAAACUUCAUCAAAAAGUUGCCAGCACUGCCCUCUCACUACUGUCGAAAGGAUACUACUAAACUUUACUUACCAGUAGAAUUUAGGAACCAAAAAAAUUUGUACCGUAUUUACAAAGGCGAGAAAACAUCCGAGGGAAUAGACUAUGUCAGUGAAAAAAUUUUUUUAAACAUAUUUAAUACUGAAUUUAAUAUAGGCUUUCAUAUUCCUAAGAAAGAUAAAUGUCUCAAAUGUAUUAAAUUUGAUGCAGCAAACACUGAAGAGAGCAAAGCAGAAAAGGAAGACCACCUUAUGGAAAAGAAAGCUAGCAAGGAAAGGUACAGUUUUCAUCGUGAAAUGAGUCAGAAACGCACAGAUUUAAUUUGUACAUCUUUUGAUCUUCAAAAGGUAUUGAACACUCCCCAUGGCGAAAGCAUGUUACUCUAUUAUUCAAGGAAAUAUGCCGUAUACAACUUAUGUUUUUAUGAAAAUGGCAGCAGAGAAGGCUUUUGUUACAUCUGGGGAGAAACUGAAGGAAAACGAGGGAGCAAUGAAAUUGCUUCUAUUAUCCAGAAAUACAUAGAUCUAGUGGAUGCACGCAUCUCAGUGAAACACCUCAUACUGUAUUCCGAUUCAUGUCCCGGACAGAAUAAGAAUAGGAUCAUUUUGUCAGCCAUUCAUAAUGCGCUUAAAAACUGUGAAAAUAUUGUAAGCAUCCAAAUGAACUACUUGCUCCCGGGACAUACAGAGAUGUCUGUUGAUUCUAUGCACUCUGUUAUAAAAGGCGCUGUAAAAAAUACUAUUGUAUGGGCCCCUUCGCAAUGGGCUACAGUUUGUCAGUUAGCUAGAAAAGAACCAAAGCCUUAUAACGUCAGUUAUUUGGAUCAUACAGAUUUCAAAGGUUAUGGAACCUUUGCUGACAAAUAUUUUCGCGGUAAUUUAACUGGAAAGAUAAGCAAGAUCAGAGUUGCUACUUUUAAAAAGUCUAAAAUCAAUCAGAUGUCAGUCAAAUAUAGCAUGAGAUCCGAUGAAGAAGAAGAAAUUAUUCCUAUCAUCAUGGGAGGUAUAAAUUCAAAGGUCGUGGACCAAUUGUACAAAACACCUUUGCCCAUAACUAAAACAAAAUAUAACGAUUUAAAAAAACUUUGUGAUGAUCAGGUGAUCCCCAAAUUGUUCCAAAAGGAAUAUAUAAAUUUACCUUCAGUUACAGGAAUUGAUACCCUCGCAGAAACGGAUAUAGACGACAUUAUGUAAAACUUUGUUUUAGAUAUUUAAUUUUUGUUUUCAUUUCACAUCAGUUAGCCGUAUAUGUUUAAUACCCAAACUUAUUGUACACAAGAUUUAUCUUGUAUAACGAGCGAGUUUUUGUUUUUAUACUUUAUUAUAUUAAUAUUAUUUUCUAAACGUUAUUUUAUUUCUGAUAACCGUCACCCUAGAUAUAGGUAAGUGUCGAAUUAAAACUCUAGUGCAAUAAUUAUGUUUAAUAAGGUAUUAGAUGACUCAUAAUAAUGUGCGUUUGUCGUUACAAUUACUUCUUCAGUUUAUUUUAUUUUAGUUAUAAUAAUAAUGUUUUAAAUUAAACUUCUUUUAAA